CCACGCUCCCUCCCUCCCCGCGGGGCGGCUCGGAGGCGGGGCAGGUGGGGGCGGGCCCAGGUAGCAGGUUCGGCUGCGCGGGGAACGCGCAUCGGAGUUUCCCCUUCCCGGGGUGAGGAUGGCUUUACGCGACAGCCGGGAGUCCUUUAGUUGAAAGGUGCUCUCUGUUCACAUAAGGCGUUUUGAUUUGCUGGUUUUUUACAGCAUGGACACCAAAUUGCUAAAAACUUGCUUUGGAACUGCCAGUGAAUUUGUCUUUUGCGGUUUUACUACAAACUUAGUAGUUCCCUUUUUUUUGAGUUAAUAUUUUGGAGUUAAUAUCACAAUGAGUUCGGGUUUAUGGAGCCAAGAAAAAGUUACGUCACCCUACUGGGAAGAGCGGAGUUUUUAUUUGCUUCUUCAAGAAUGCAGUGUUACAGACAAACAAACACAAAAGCUCCUUAAAGUACCCAAGGGGAGUAUAGGACAGUAUAUCCAAGAUCGUUCUGUGGGACAUUCGAGGAUUCCUUCUGCAAAAGCCAAGAAAAAUCAGAUCGGAUUAAAAAUUCUAGAGCAGCCACAUGCAGUUCUCUUUGUUGAUGAAAAGGAUGUUGUAGAAAUAAAUGAAAAAUUCACAGAGUUGCUUUUGGCAAUUACCAAUUGUGAAGAGAGGUUCAGCCUGUUUAAAAACAGAAACAGACUAAGUAAAGGCCUCCAAAUAGAUGUGGGCUGCCCUGUGAAAGUGCAGCUGAGAUCUGGGGAAGAAAAGUUUCCUGGAGUUGUGCGCUUCAGAGGACCCUUAUUAGCAGAGAGGACAAUAUCGGGAAUAUUCUUUGGAGUAGAAUUACUGGACGAAGGUCGUGGCCAAGGUUUCACUGAUGGGGUGUAUCAAGGAAAGCAGCUUUUUCAGUGUGAUGAAGAUUGUGGAGUAUUUGUUGCGUUGGACAAGCUGGAAAUCAUAGAAGAUGAUGACAAUGGAUUGGAAAGUGACUAUGCAGGUCCAGUGGACACAAUGCAGGUUGAACUCCCCCCUCUGGAAAUAAACUCCAGAGUCUCUUUGAAGCUUGGAGAAACUAUAGAAUCUGGAACAGUUAUAUUUUGUGAUGUUUUGCCGGGAAAAGAAAGCUUAGGAUAUUUUGUUGGUGUGGACAUGGAUAACCCUAUUGGCAACUGGGAUGGAAGGUUUGAUGGCGUGCAGCUUUGUAGUUUUGCAAGUGUUGAAAGUACAAUUCUCUUGCAUAUCAAUGAUAUCAUCCCAGAUUUAUCAGAUAGCGUGACACAGGAAAGGAGGCCUCCUAAACUUGCCUUUACAUCAAGAGGUGUUGGGGACAAGGGUUCAUCCAGUCAUAAUAAACCAAAGGCUACAGGAUCUACCUCAGACCCUGGAAAUAGAAACAGAUCUGAAUUGUUUUAUACCUUAAAUGGGUCUUCUGUUGACUCACAACCACAAUCCAAAUCAAAAAAUACCUGGUACAUUGAUGAAGUUGCUGAAGACCCUGCAAAAUCGCUUACAGAGAUAUCUCCAGACUUUGGCCAUGCGUCACCACCACUGCAGCCUCCUUCCAUGAACUCGUUAUCCAGUGAGAACAGAUUUCACUCUUUACCGUUCAGUCUGACGAAGAUGCCCAACACGAAUGGAAGUAUUGGCCACAGUCCGCUGUCUCUGUCAGUUCAGUCUGUGAUGGGAGAGCUAAACAAUGCACCUGUCCAGGAGAGUCCCCCACUGGCCGUGUCUUCUGGGAACUCACAUGGUCUGGAAGUGGGCUCACUGGCUGAAGUUAAAGAGAACCCUCCUUUCUAUGGGGUCAUCCGUUGGAUUGGUCAGCCACCAGGACUCAAUGAAGUACUAGCUGGGCUGGAACUGGAAGACGAAUGUGCAGGCUGUACAGACGGGACCUUCCGGGGCACUCGGUACUUCACCUGUGCCCUGAAGAAGGCGCUGUUCGUUAAGCUGAAGAGCUGCAGGCCCGACUCCCGCUUCGCGUCCCUGCAGCCGGUCUCCAAUCAGAUCGAGCGCUGUAACUCGCUAGCAUUUGGCGGCUACUUAAGUGAAGUAGUAGAAGAAAAUACUCCACCAAAGAUGGAAAAAGAGGGCUUAGAGAUAAUGAUCGGAAAGAAGAAAGGUAUCCAGGGGCAUUACAAUUCUUGUUACUUAGACUCGACCUUAUUCUGCUUGUUUGCUUUUAGUUCUGUUCUGGACACUGUGUUACUUAGACCCAAAGAAAAGAAUGAUGUAGAAUAUUACAGUGAAACUCAAGAGCUGCUGAGGACAGAAAUUGUCAACCCUCUGAGAAUAUAUGGAUAUGUGUGUGCAACAAAGAUUAUGAAAUUGAGGAAAAUACUUGAAAAAGUUGAGGCUGCAUCAGGAUUUACCUCUGAAGAAAAAGAUCCUGAAGAAUUCUUGAAUAUCCUGUUUCAUCAUAUUUUAAGGGUAGAACCAUUGUUAAAAAUAAGAUCAGCAGGUCAAAAAGUACAAGAUUGUUACUUCUAUCAAAUUUUUAUGGAAAAAAAUGAGAAAGUUGGAGUUCCUACAAUUCAGCAGUUGUUAGAAUGGUCUUUUAUCAACAGUAACCUGAAAUUUGCAGAGGCACCAUCAUGUCUGAUUAUUCAGAUGCCUCGAUUUGGAAAAGACUUUAAACUAUUUAAAAAAAUUUUUCCUUCUCUGGAAUUAAAUAUAACGGAUUUACUUGAAGAUACCCCCAGGCAGUGCCGCAUCUGUGGAGGGCUCGCCAUGUACGAGUGUAGAGAGUGCUACGAUGAUCCUGACAUCUCUGCUGGAAAAAUCAAGCAGUUUUGUAAAACCUGCAACACUCAAGUCCACCUUCAUCCCAAGAGACUGAAUCACCAGUAUAACCCGGUGUCACUUCCCAAAGAUCUGCCCGACUGGGACUGGAGACACGGCUGCAUCCCCUGCCAGAAGAUGGAGUUAUUUGCUGUCCUCUGCAUAGAAACGAGCCACUAUGUUGCGUUCGUGAAGUACGGGAAAGACGACUCUGCCUGGCUCUUCUUCGACAGCAUGGCCGACCGGGAUGGUGGGCAGAAUGGCUUCAACAUUCCUCAAGUGACCCCAUGCCCAGAAGUAGGAGAGUACUUGAAAAUGUCCCUGGAAGACCUGCACUCCUUGGACUCCAGAAGAAUCCAAGGCUGUGCGCGAAGACUUCUUUGUGAUGCGUACAUGUGCAUGUACCAGAGUCCGACAAUGAGUUUGUACAAAUAAACCGGGUCGUCUGGGCAGGCGCAGAAGCCGCACGCCGAAUUCUACUGCUGCGUUUUCCCCGAGCUGGGGGUUCUGGUCACCGUCCAUUGCCGGCAAUGGACAUCUUGGUGGUGAUGAUCCUUGGGCAAAAGAUUCCUGUGUUUAAAGACAAAUCGCUUCUGUGUUACUGAAGUAUUUAAUAAGAAGCAUUUUGCACUCUAGAAAGUAUGUUUGUGUUGGUUUUUUAAGGAGUCUAAAUGAAGUUAUUAAUACCCGAAGCUUUAAGUUAAGCGCAUUGAUCAUAUAGAUAUUUUUGGAAGCAUAAAGUUUUAAUUGUGACAGUUUAAAACCUCUUUUAGUCCAUUGAGAAUGUAAAUAAAUGUGUAUUCUUUAUGGACCAAGGAUAUGAAGUCAUUUUUCCUUUGUAGCUAACAGUUGCCUUGAGGAAGAAAUAUUUUGGUUUUAGAGUCUACUUUCAAUCCAGUUAUUAAAGUUGUACUGAGUUUGAUUUGUUAAUUCUUUCCUAUCUAUUGCUGAUUCCUGCAUGGCUGUAGUCUGCUGAGUUUGUAUGUUUCUGCAGUAGUGGUCAGAAAAGUACUUACAUUCUCUUAAUGAUGUUGUUUUCUAUUUGUUUUGGUUUUGAGAUAAAUGAGUGAUUUUGUCAUAAAAACCUCCAUUUUUGGUGUAACCUUCCUGGGGGAUUAGAGUGUACAGCAACUGAAACUCUUCUUUCAUAGCAGUAACUGUCAGCUAAUGGUUUUUUUAAAUUUUAUUUUAAAGCUCUCUAUGUUGUAGAGAUGGGCACGGUAAAUUUUAUUAAAGGAGUGGGGUUAUAAAUAUGAUAUAUUCCUACUCAAAUAUAUGGUCCAUAAGAAAGUAAAUUUGGCAUAUAGAAUUACUCAUUAAAAUGUCCCUGAAGAGGUGUGUUGGACAUCUGAACCGCUACUAUUUUAAAUAAAACUGUCCAGAAUUGAUGUUCGGUCAGUCAGUCAGUCAGUCAGUCCCCUGACUAAAUUCGGUUUGAUUUCACUUGAGAUAAUGACAGUUAUGAAUCUGUUAUGAAUCUGAUAUUGUACUGCAGUGUUAGCAGCAGCUUAAUCGUCCUUCUGGUUAAAUAAGUAGAAAAUGGGUGUUUCCUUCGCUAAUGUUGGUAGUGUGCGUCUAGAUCACAAGCGGCUGUUUAGACGAGGACCGCAGACUGUAAGUGUCAGUGCUGUGCACCGUGUAUUCUCUGAGUGUUGUUUUGUGGUAUCGUCUCUUUGGAAUGACUUCUUCACCAUGCAGAAAGACAGGAAAGUUGUCAUAUGUAUAUAGCAUAUGACUUCAUAAAACAUUUAAUUUUUUAAAAAUGGAAAGAAUCUUUACAAACCCUGCGUUACAUUUUUUAAGGUACGUUUACCCUUUGGUUCUACCAUUCCAUUUUGCAAUAUUUAUUAGCUUUAUAAAUCAUAAUGUAGAAAAGUUAUUUCAUCUUGUAUUUUUUUCAUUUGUGAAAUGAAAAAGUGCAUACAUUUUGCAUGAGGUUUUGCUAAAUGCUUGGGUGGGGUGGUGAGCAGGAUAGAUCAGGGUUGGGGGUGAGGAGCCCUGGGCUGUAGGGCUGGCCCUGCCUCACUCGCCCUCGGGGAAACGAGGGGCGCGGGAUGCAGGAUGUCUGAGGGCUCUUCUAGUCUCGCCAUCUGCAGGUCCAGUCACCCCUUCAUAAAUAUGGGCGAAUGAGUAAACGGAUCAACGAGCUUAUCAGUGUGAUUUUAAGAGAUUAUCUGGAGGGAUGAUUAGGGAUCUGUGUCUAGGAAGGCUGGAAUUAACAGUUAAAAGAAAAAAGAAGAGAAGACAGUUCCUCUUCUGUAAAGAUUAGAACAAAGUUCAAGCUGAGGAAGGUCCGUCCUGCUGGCUGCUUGUGGCCGCCCUUGAAGAAAAUGGGUUCACGUGCACGCACGGCUUCGCUGCGGUGUGGGGGCUCGCAUGGAGAGGGGCCCCAUCCAUACAUUAUUUCUAAGGACGUUUUCUUCAGGAGAGCUUUAGUGUCACCUGGAGAGGGAGUUCUCAGUAAGGGGUGCCAGGCCAGCUGGGGGCGGGGAGUUCCUGUGGAGGCCUGGCUCCUUCCCCUGGCCCUCGGGGUCCUUCUGGCAGGCCCUCCUUGUCCCUGCUCCAGCACAGCUCUGUGUGUCAAGUGGGCACAGACAGGGCUGGGCUGUGUGGCACCAGUGGCCCAUGUGCCAGUUGAAUAUUUUUAACCUUAAAUUUUCUUUACUAUUUUCCUGUGAGCUUUUUAAAUGUUUUGGUUAUCCUUUUUUCCAUGUCAUAUCUACAAUCAAGAUGGCAAUAUGGUAGAAUUAUCUUAUUUAUAACAUGGUUCAUGAUUCAUAGCUACAAGUAGAAAAUAUAACAAGUCGUGUUCCCCCGCCUCCAAACGAAUGCACAUACGGAAGUGUGUGUGUGUGUGAAUAUGUAGAUAUGGGGGAGGGGAGGGGGAGAGAGAGAGAGGAGUCGCCAUGUUGUAGCACAGAUGCUGCGUGUUUUGUCGCUCACUAUCAGCUUUAUAAAGGAGGUGACUCCACCCACAAAAGAAUGUUUUAUAAGACUGGGGAAACACAUUGAAAACCAAGAGAAAUGUAACAGAACUCAAAAAAAUAUAGUUGUUACAAUUGCUAAGGAUUAUCUCCUUAGAAUAGCUUAGGAUUUUUAUAAUUCAUAUUUGCCAGACCUUCUAGGUAAAUGGCUUCUUUCUAUCCCUUGGAUUCAUUUAUCUUUUCAUUAGGUCAUAUAAUUUAGGAACAAGCGGAAGACAUGGCAAUUAAUCGUAUGGAACCUGUAUUGUCAUUGAAAUUCCUGUUGUCUGAACCUGGCAGCUUUAUAAAUCCAGGAGUUACUACCCCUCUCAGGUGGAUCUCGAUAUCCAGCUAGACAAUUCUGCAUCUGCUUGGAGGACUGUAGACAGAGAUGUGAGCAGCGAAUACAGUAUUAGGCCUUAGAUGAGUGACUGCCAGCCAGCAAGUAUUUAUUAGACAUUUAUCACCCGGAAUUGUGUAAGGAGGAAUUUGAGACAUGGUCCGUGCCCUCGAAUAGCUUGCCACCUACUUCUAACGACAGAAUGUCUACUAAUGGCUGCUUGGCUGAAGUGUCAUGGGGCCAGGGCCGGGGACAGCUGUGGGAGGCGUGUGGCGUGACACAGGAGACCUGGGUCUGGUGGUCUGACAGCCUUUGAUGACAUCCUGACGUGUUAGGACCUCUGUCCUCCUCUGUAUAACAAGGGGGUUGGAACAUCAAAUUUUAUAGGGAAAAAAAUGAAAAUUUCUGGGUCCCAGGCCAUGCCUGCUGGGUCUGCCUCUUCGUGGACGGGGCCUAGGGGACGUGUUAGUGCAAAGCUCCGCCAGGUCAGCCCGAUGCUCAGCCAGGUCUGAAAACCACUGACUGAAGUACAAGACCCCCAAACUGUCUUUCUUUAUGUAACUGUGUGAUCAUAUAGUGUUAUGGUAUUAAUUACUCUGCAUAAACGGGGGUAAUUGGAUGUUUAUCAAACUGUUUAUCUGUGUUGACGUAUGAAUUUAUGUAAGAAAUGCAUUUCAGUGUAUAUACCUCAGCAUGCUGUUUCUUAGAGAUGUUAGCAUUCUUUGGAACACAUACAAGUCUUAAGAGGACACUUGAUGUUAUUCACCCGGACAUUGACCUUCCAUUUUAUUUCUUCAGGGGAAAUUGAGGCCCUGAGAACCAAAGAAAUGGGAAAACAAAAUUGUCAUGCAAAGUUAAAGAAAAAACUUCAGUUAUUUCUUACUACCUGCUACUUUAUGAUGAAAAUUUUAACGUUAUAUGAGAAGAUUCUCUGCCGGGGUAAUAGGUCCUCUUAUAAAGUAAAAAGACCUUGUUAAAGUAGGACUGUAAGGCUUAUAGUUAAAAGUAAGACCACCUUCUCUAGGGGUUGAUGGUGUUAGCAACACACCCAGGACCCUCCUUCAGUGAAAAUAGUACUUGAAUUCCCCAAGGCAAGUGGGGGCGUGGAGGAGGAGAGCACGUUCAAAUGGGAACCAGUGCGCAGAAGGGGCGAAGGGAGAAGGGCAGCUCCCCGAAAACGUGUGCCUGGGGCUCUGAAGGCAGGGGUGUCUGUGUCUCAGGGGGUCGUGUCACUUGUCAGAGACUAGGAUUUUAGAGGGAGAGGCUGCCUGCGGGGAGCUAGCAUUGGACUUGUCGAUUUACCUCGAAGAUGCUUUUUUGGAGGAAAAAGAAAAAAAAGACUCCCGUAUUUUAAAUCCUGGAGCAGCUGAAGGCCCUCUCGAGUCAGAAAGCAGUGGUGAAAGCUAGCCAGCAGAUACGGCCAAGGGUGCCGACGCGGCGGGAAGGAAAGACGGCCCCCCUCCCGGCCGGCCGCUGGAGUCGGCGCUCAGGAGCCUCUGUCUUCACAGGCAGUGGUGCCAUUUUGCUGCGCGGCGUUCGAAAGGUCCUGCCUGCAGGUCAGGAAAGGCCGUGGCGGCAGGAUCGGCCUUCCCAGCCCCGCAGCCUCCGAUGUGAGUCUCCCGCACUUGUAGACACCGUCCACUUCCGCUUUUUAUUUUUUCUAGAGAGAUUGUUGGAGACUCAGCUGUCCUUGGUUUUAUUCCCUAAAAUAAAUGGCCUAUGGUACUGUGGAAUUUUAGCUCCAGAAAGUCUUAGCAUCCUGUCAUAAACAUUCAUUUUUUAAAAAAAUUCUCAUUUGAAACUUCCUAGGGAAGUUGUGGUUAUUAGUAAAUGAGUAUAGAGGAGCACAUUUUGUACUGUAUUUCCCAGGUCUGGUAUCUUGUUCAAGAUUUUUUUAAAGUUUUUGCCUGAUGAGCAUCCUAUAUUUAUGAAGACAUUCUUUAAAAAUAGCAUCAUAUGAAACAUCCCUUUACUGUCAGAUCGCUCUGAUUUAGCCUUAAUUUUGUUAAAUUUUUUAGAGAUGAAUGAAGUGCUGCUGUGGAAAGAAAUGUACUAUAUACUAUUUCUCUAUCAUUAAAAUUAAAUUUUUAUGGUUC